CCCACGGUUGCCCACGCACCCAGGCCGGAGCCAUGGAUAAAUUCCGCAUGCUCUUUCAGCACUUCCAGUCCAGCUCGGAGUCGGUGAUGAACGGCAUCUGCCUGCUGCUGGCCGCGGUCACUGUCAAGCUGUACUCCUCCUUCGACUUCAACUGCCCCUGUCUGGCACGCUACAAUGCCCUCUACGGCCUGGGCCUGCUGCUCACACCCCCACUCGCCCUGUUCCUCUGUGGCCUCCUUGCCAAUCGGCAGUCUGUGGUGAUGAUUGAGGAGUGGCGCCGGCCUGCAGGGCACCGGAGGAAGGACCCAGGCAUCAUCAGGUAUAUGUGCUCCUCUGUGCUGCAGAGAGCACUGGCCGCCCCCCUUGUCUGGAUCCUGCUGGCCCUCCUUGAUGGGAAGUGCUUCGUGUGUGCCUUCAGCAACUCCGUGGACCCCGAGAAGUUUCUGGACUUUGCCAACAUGACCCCCAGCCAGGUGCAGCUCUUCCUGGCCAAGGUGCCCUGCAAGGAGGAUGAGCUGGUCAGGGACAGCCCCGCGCGAAAGGCAGUCUCUCGCUACCUGCAGUGCCUGUCACAGGCCAUCGGCUGGAGCAUCACCCUGCUGCUGAUCGUUGUGGCCUUCCUGGCUCGCUGCCUGAGGCCCUGCUUCGACCAGACAGUCUUCCUGCAGCGCAGAUACUGGAGCAACUACGUGGACCUGGAGCAGAAGCUCUUCGACGAGACGUGCUGCGAGCAUGCGCGGGACUUCGCGCACCGCUGCGUGCUGCACUUCUUCGCCAGCAUGCAGAGCGAGAUGCAGGCGCGGGGGCUGCACCGGGACACCGCGAGCAGGGGCCCCAAGUCCCGCGAGGUGCGCGAGCCCCCCGAGGCCGUGGACGGCGGAAGCCGGAAGGCCCACCUGCGCGUAGUCUCCAGUAGGGAACAGGUGGACCGCCUCCUGAGCACCUGGUACUCCAGCAAACCGCCACUCGACCUUGUGGCAUCCGCUGGGCUAUGGGGGGGCGGCCUCAGCCACCGCGCCCCCAUGGUGGCCCCAGGCACCAGGCUAUCCCAGCACACCGAUGUGUAGGGACCCCGGCAGUGUCCCCACGUGACAUGCCCCUGCUGACAAGGGUCUGGGGCCUUUCCAGGAUGUGAGGACCCAAGGCAAGGCAACCUAACCCUUGUUGGCCUCCUUUCCCCAAAAUAGCCCAAUCUCUGACCUAGUUUCUGGGCGUGGCCUCCUGUGUGCUCUAAAGCAGUGCUUCACAAACUUGAAAGUGCUCACCGUUCACUUGGGCUCUUCUUAAUGCAGAUUCUGAUUCUGUGUAUCCAGGACUGGGUCUGAGACUGCAAUUCUAAUAAGCUCCCAGAUGAUACUGAUGCCUCUGGUCAGUGGACCAAACUUUGAGUAGCAAGAGUCUAAAUAGGUCUGCCAUGGGUUCUGGGUCCUAGAUGUCCAGAUUCUAAAUUAA